AUGAUUCUGACUUCAGAGAUCUGUAAAUCUCCUCCUCUUGAUUACACAAUCACCAGCCGUGAACUAAAGGACAUGUUAAAGCUGGGCUAUGAGAAGAUAUUGAUUGGUAAUUCACAGAAAGGUCAUCAGAAGAACCUGGAUGAUAUUUACACUGACCUAUAUGUGGUGGAGAACGAGACUGGAGGAAGAGAGAAUGACCAUGAGGUGAUACAGAUGGAGUCAAAACACAAACAACAGGAUGAACCAAUCAAGUGUAAUGACAUGUUUAAAGUUCAGCCUGACACAGGUCGACAAAACAGAAGAGUCCUGACACUGGGGAUUGCAGGAGUGGGAAAAACUGUGUCUGUUAACAAAUUCAUCCUUGACUGGGCUGAAGGAGAAGAGAAUCAGGAAAUAGUCUUCAUAUUUCCACUGCCGUUCCGUAGACUGAAUCUGAUUAAAGAAGAAAAGUACAGUCUCAUAGGUCUGUGUAACAAGUACUACUUUAGUAGAGCUGGAGGACUGAGCUCUCUUCCUGAACAACAAGGGAAGGUCAUGUUCAUCUUUGAUGGACUGGAUGAGUAUCGCUUUGACUUGAACUUUGAGGAGGAGGAUGGAUUUACAGAUGUUGAUAAGGAAAUGACAGUGAGUGAGAUAAUAACACAUCUCUUAAAGAGACAGCUGAUGUCCUCUUCCCUCAUCUGGAUCACAUCUAGACCAGCAGCAUCCGGUCUGAUACCCCGAGACUACAUUGAUCAGGUGACUGAGGUGCGAGGAUUCAAUGAUGAACAGAAGGAGCAGUACUUCAUCAAAAACAGCAGUCCUGAGGUUGCUGGAAACAUCAUCGCUCACAUCAGGAAAUCCAGGAGUCUGUACAUCAUGUGCCACAUCCCUGUCUUCUGCUGGAUCUCUCUCACUGUUCUUCAGCCUCUGUUGGGUAAAAAGUGCAAUGGCAAAACACCGACAACUCUCACAGGGAUGUACACCAACUUCUUACUGUCUCAAAAGCAACAGAUGAAAAAGAAAUACAGCAAUGAUCCUGGCCCUGACGCCAAUGUCUGGUCUUUUGAAGAGAUCAUUCUGAAGCUUGGGAAACUGGCCUUUAAACAGCUGGAGGAAGGAAAUCUGAUUUUCUACAAAGAAGAUCUUCAGGAGUGUGGGCUGGACAUCAGUGAGGGGAAAGUGUUCUCUGGGUUAUGUACUCUGAUGUUUCAGGAGGAAAAAGAAGUUUCAGAUGCAAAGGUUUACAGCUUCAUACAUCUCAGCGUCCAGGAGUUCCUCGCUGCUCUCUAUGUGUUUUAUACUUACAAAAUCAAGAAAACAAAUCCAUUUCUUGAUUUCUGGAAAAAGCUGACAUGGAAACUCUCUAAAAAGACCCUGUUUGGACUUCAUAAGGCUGCAGUCAAGAAGACUUUACAAAGCAGGAAUGGACACCUGGACCUUUUCCUCCGGUUCCUGCUGGGUCUCUCACUGGAGUUAGGGUUAGAUCAGAGUGAUCAGAGUGACCUGAAGGAGCUACUGCCAGGACUGAAGCUCAAAACAGAAAACACCAAAGACACGACUAACUAUAUCAAAAAGAAAAUAGAGAAGGAGAAAUCAGCAGAGAGGACCAUCAACCUCUUCUACUGUCUGAAUGAACUGAAGGAUGACUUUGUGGAGGACCUCCAGAAGAGUCUGAGCUCUGGAAAUCUUACAUCGCAGGAUCUGUCCUCUGCUCAGUGGUCAGGUCUGGUGUUUGUGCUCCUGAUGUCAGAAGAGACUCAAGAGAAGUUUGAACUGCAGAAAUACAGAAGAUCUGAUGAAGCACUAAAGAGACUGAUACCAGUGAUCAAGAACACCAGAAGAGCAUUGUUGUCUGGCUGUAUGGUGACAGAGGAGGGCUGUGGUUUUCUGAGUUCAAACCCCUCACACCUGAGAGAGCUGGAUCUGAGCUACAAUCAUCCAGGAGAUUCAGGAGUCAAGCUGCUCUCUGAACAACUGGAGGAUCCAAACUACACACUGGACAAACUCAAUGUGGAUCAUGGAGGAGAGAAGAGGAUUACAGCAGGACUACACAAAUAUGCCUGUUUCCUCACACUGGAUCCAAACACAGCAAACGCUGAACUCAUUCUGUCUGAGGAGAACCGAGAGGUGACUGGUGUGAGAGAGAAACAGCCGUAUCCUGAUCAUCCAGACAGAUUUGAUUGUGUUCUUCAGGUGUUGUGCAGAGAGAGUGUUUGUGGACGCUGUUACUGGGAGAUUGACUGGAGUGGAGAUCAUGUGUUAAUAUCAGUGUCGUAUAAGAGCAUCUCGAGGAAGGGAUACGGUGAAGAGUGUUGGUUUGGUAAUAAUGAUCAUUCCUGGAGUUUGAGCUGCUCUCCCUCCAGUUUCUCAUUCAGAUACAAUAACAUGAAGAAUGCUCUCCCUGUAGAGCCGAUCAGCAGGAGAAUAGGAGUGUUUGUGGAUCACAGUGCAGGAACUCUGAUCUUCUACAACAUCAAUGAAGACACAAUGAUCCUCAUCCACUCAGUCCAGACCACAUUCACUGAGCCGCUCUAUCCUGGGUUCUGGGUUUAUUCUGAAUCAUCAGUGAAACUGUGUUGAUGAACAAGAGACUGAGGAGAGUUUGUACCUUUGGUUGCAUCUGCUCCCAAAAUUGUAUCUAUGUAACCUCAAAAUAAACACCCCAAAUCAGAAAAAGUUGGGAUAGUAUGGAAAACACAAAUAAAAUAUCCUCUUAAUCCACAGCAGGACUCUGUAAUGUGUGCAGAAUGUGGUUCUGGAUUGUCUUGUUGAUCUCUGCAUGGGCGUUGCUGUAGAAGAAGGCAGCAUAUUGUGCUCCAGAAUCUGUUCAGCAUUAAUGGAGCAUCACAGAAGAGCAGGUUACCUUAACUAAGGGCACGAACACAACCCCAGACCAUGACAGACCCUGGCUUCUGGACUUGUUGCUGGUAACAGUCUGGAUGAUCAUUUUCUUCUUUGGUCUGGAGCACACGGCAUCCAUUUCUCCCAAAAACACCUGAAAUACUGAUUUAUCAGACCACAGUACACAUUCCACUGUGUGAUGCUCCAUCCCAGAUGCCUCCGAGCCCAGAGACGUCGACUGCACUUCUGGACACUGUUAACAUAGGGCUUCCUUUUGGCACAGUACAGUUGUCACUGGCAUUUAUGGAAGUAACUAUGCACUGUGGUAUUUGACAAAGGUUUUCCGCAGUAGUGCUGAGCCCAUGUGCUGACCAUUUAAAACCCUAAACACGAGGAGUAAAAUUUUAAACUCUAUUCUAAAACAUACCGGCAACCAGUCCAGAGAAGUCAAAGAAGUCUAGCUCACCCCACAGUUUUAGAAGAUAAACAUUCAUCAACACAAACUGAGAAGGUUCUGUUGUUUAAAUAGGAUUUGAACCAAUGAAGAGCAACACCUUUAAUACCAGCGCAAUGAUCAAGUCGGGAAAUAAGAAUGUCACGAUUUACCGUAUCAAAGGCUGCACUCAGAUCCAACAACAGAAGUAUUAGGCUCUUGGGUUUAACAGCUUGUUCUAAACUAGAGCAAGUAAACAGGACAGGGUUGUGAUCAGAGAAACUCAAAUCACAAAUACUAAGAUUGUGAAUAGUGACGCUGUGUAUGAUCAAGAGUGUGUCCGAGUGAGUGUG